ACUAUUUCAGCUCUCUGCCUCCGUGGCCGCCAACGGAACUCAGCGUAUCAGUUAAUUUCCGUUUUAAAUUGGCUCCAAUUAUUCUUGUUAAUGGCGGAGCCGAUUCGAAGCGGUGGAGAUAUUUCAACAGAAAUCGGUAUUCCGACCGGGUUGAAUCGGAUCAAGACUCGUCGAGAGUCUUCCAAGGAUCAACUGAAUUGGAAACCCGAUGAUGACGAUAAGUUUCAUGAGUCGCGGCCUCGUGGAAUUUCAAGGCCGCCAGCGAAUCAGAAGCAUAACAAAGGACAUGCAAAAUUCGCUGGCUCUAUAGAAGGAUUCCAUAAAGGAAAGAAGAUUGCUCGGUGGUUCACCUCACAUCUUUCCAAGGAUUCCAGUCAAGGUUUUGAUGAUGUUCCUCCAAAAGUUCAGGACAGUAACUCUAAAGUCAAGGCACCCGACAAGGAAGGUUCUACAAGAACUAAACAAUGGAAGGAGGGGAAGCAUUUGACUGGAAAACAAUCUUCACCAGAGGGCUUAAGCAGUAUUAAAGUGCCAAAAGGUUUAAAAAGUUUUUCACAUGAGUUAGGACCAAAGGGUGGCAUUCCACCUUCCCAUCCUCGGGCGCAUAGCUACAAUGAUUUGAAGGAGCUUCUGGGAUCAUUGCAUUCAAGAUUUGAUGCUGCUAAAGAAGUGGUGAAUGUGGAGCUGUCUAGUCUUACUGGGGAUAUCAUGGAUGCACUUCAGAGGAAUGACUCAUCCCCAGGACAAAAGAUGGCAGAAGGUCUUCUGAUUCUUGCUCAGCAAUGUAUGGAAAUGACUCCAUCUGAGUUUCGCAUCAAAUGUGAAACAAUUGUCCAAGGUCUGACGGAGAAAAGGCAACAUUGUCAAACGGCAUUUCUGAAGUGGCUCUUCACACGCAUGCUUUUUAUAUUGACACGCUGUACUAGACUGUUGCGGUUUCAGAAAGACAGUGAGCCGAUUGAUGAGAAAUCUCUUCAUAACUUCACAAAGUGUUUGGAGAGCAUUCCUGCUGUUGAAAUGAACUGGGCGCCCUAUUCCAGAAUUGUUGAUUCUGGCUCAGAUUAUGAUAGUAAUGGGAAGAGUGAUGCCAAACAUGAAUUACAGUGGCGAAACAGGGUAUCUUCUCUCCUUGAGCAAACUUGGUGCAGGUCUGAAGAGCCAGCUGACAAGAGUGGUAUAACUUCUAGAAAAGAUAGCAUGGUUUUGGUACAAAAGCCACUGUCUCAAAAUUCUCAAAUUGAUUUCCUUCCACAUAUUGAACAAGAUGGUGAUUACCCUGGGAAGUCAAUGAACAGUUUUGAGGAUGGCUCUCUUCAUGAGCCAGAACGGGGUUUAGAUGGAUCUGAUUCGGUAAUUUGUCGGAUAUGUGAGGAAAAUGUUCCUACUUCUCAUUUGGAAUCUCAUUCUUAUAUAUGUGCUUAUGCAGAUAAGUGUGAUUUAAAAUAUCUAGAUAUAGAUGAACGCCUUUCAAAACUUGCUGAGAUUUUGGAACAAAUUAUAGAGUCACGUAAUCUGAAUUUUCAGGCAUCAUUUUGCAGCCCUGAAAAUUCAAGAAUGCAAAUUACAAACUCUGCUGUUAUAUCUGAAGGUUGUUCUCCCAAGAUAAGUGAGUGGCGAAAUAAAGGUGUGGAAGGGAUGUUUGAGGACCUUCAUGAGAUGGACACUGCCUGCAUAGAUGAUUCCUACCUUACAAACCCCCUUAACUUGAAGGGCCACUGGGGUACAAAGCUUAGCCAGUAUGGUGCACCCUCCUCAACUGGAAGCAUGACAUCAAUGUCCUCCACAAAUACCCCGAGAGCAGGUCAUUUUGACUUAUUCUGGCUAGAGCACAACAAUCCUUCUAAGCUGGAGGAUGUGCAACAGAUGGCUGACCUUGCAGACAUUGCCCGCUGUGUGGCAGGCACAGAUCUAUCUAAAGAAGGAUCCUGUGACUUUUUGCUCGCCUGUAUGGAAGACUUACAGGAUGUUUUACAGAAUACCAAGCUCAAAUCUCUUGUAAUAGACACAUUUGGAGGCCGGAUAGAGAAUCUUCUAAGAGAAAAGUAUAUUCUCGCUUGUGAAUUAGCAGAUACAAAAAGUCCCAAGAGUGAUAACAGAAUUAAGGAGAGCUCUAGGCUUUUGUUUGAUAAUGCAUCCCAUAGUAGUACAAUGUCAACUCCUCUACAUCCCUUACAUAAAGAACGGACAAGCAUUGAUGAUUUUGAGAUUAUCAAACCAAUUAGCAGAGGUGCCUUUGGUAAAGUGUUCCUUGCACGAAAGCGAACAACAGGAGAUUUAUUUGCAAUAAAGGUCCUCAAGAAAUUGGAUAUGAUACGGAAAAAUGAUAUUGAACGGAUAUUAGCAGAGCGUAACAUACUUAUUACAGUUAGAAACCCUUUUGUGGUUCGCUUUUUUUAUUCAUUCACCUGUAGAGAUAAUGUCUAUUUGGUUAUGGAAUAUCUUAAUGGAGGUGAUCUAUACUCUUUGCUCAGAAAACUCGGUUGCCUUGAAGAAGAUGUAGCUCGUAUAUAUAUAGCAGAACUGGUCCUUGCUUUAGAAUACCUGCAUUCUCUUGGCAUAGUGCAUCGUGAUCUGAAACCAGACAAUAUAUUGAUUGCACAUGAUGGGCACAUAAAGCUAACAGACUUUGGAUUAUCAAAAAUUGGCCUCAUAAACAGCACAGUUGAUUUAUCGGGGCCCGAGACAGAUGGAAGCACUGAUGCUUUUCUAGAUUCCCUUAAUCUGCACACUCAACAAACAGAUGAUAGACAUCGACAAUCAGCUGUUGGGACACCUGACUACUUGGCUCCAGAAAUCCUUCUUGGAACAGAGCAUGGUUAUGCUGCGGACUGGUGGUCAGUGGGAAUUAUCCUAUUUGAAUUAAUUACUGGAGUUCCACCAUUCACCGCUGAGCAUCCAGAGAUAAUCUUCGACAACAUUCUUAACAGGAAAAUCCCCUGGCCUUCUGUUCCUGGUGAUAUGUCCUAUGAGGCUCAAGACUUGAUUAACAGGUUUCUUAUUCAUGAUCCAGAUCUGCGCCUCGGAGCAAAUGGAUUGUCAGAGGUGAAAACACAUCCUUUUUUCAAGGGAGUUAACUGGGACACCCUUGCAUUACAAAAGGCCGUCUUUGUACCACAGCCUGAUAGUGCAGAUGAUACAAGUUAUUUCGUUUCACGGUACUCUCAAAUUCCUAGUGGGUUGCCAGAUGAACAGGACUGUAGUGAUUCUGCUACUGAUUCUAGUGACCUAUACUCAAAUUCUGGACUUGAGAUGGAUGAAUGCGGUGAUCUGGCGGAGUUUGAUUCUUCCCCUCUGAACCUAUCAUUGAUAAACUUCUCUUUCAAGAAUCUGUCGCAGUUGGCAUCCAUUAAUUAUGACGUGCUCUUGCAGACUGGGAAGGAUCCAACAAAGUGCAGUCCAUCCAAAUCUCGAGACACUUAAGUUCCUUGUUCUUGGUAGGGUAGAACUAAUUUUUCUGUUAGUUUUAUAGCGAUUAUACCACAGUAGAAACACAAGAAAAAUAAAAAAAAUGGAUGUAAAAGAAAACAAAAUAAGAAAAACUUCUGGAGACAUUAAUUUAUGGCUCCUUUACCUUCAUUUACAGAGAAAAAUCCAGAAGCAUUCUACUUUGAUUUUUUUCUUUAAAUAAAGGAAAGAAGUUUUUUUUUCUUAUUAUUAUAAUCCAGCUACAUAUUCUUUGCAUCA